AUGAUCACCGACGACCAACUCUACCAACUCGCCAUCUUCCUCGGCAGUGUCAGCAUGCUCCUCAUCGUCCUCUACCACUUCCUCGAAGUCAAUGCCGAAGACGACGGCAAGACUCCNCUGUCCGCCGAGCGCAAAGCCGACACCGUGCCUGCUAUGCACAUUGCGACAGAGACGCCUUGGUCUGCUCUCUGCGGCCAGGUCUCUGUCGAAAGCUAUUAA